CCAUUAUGUCAGUGCCACUAAAAAAACCUCAAAACUACUUUUCUGAUUUUAAUAUCACUUCGUAGUUCGUUCGUCUAAUUUCUUUUAAAAUGUCAAAAAUGGCUGACGCAGAAAAAGACGAAGCAAAAAAUCUUCAAGUCGAAUUCGAAUGGGUUCUUCGUGAUGAAGUGCAUCCAAUACUUAAGCAACUCCGGAUGAUUCUUAUAGAAUGUGCACAUCGUUUCCCUGUGCCAUUGUAUGAAAACGAAGGAAAAAAGACGGAGAAAUUUGUUUUAAUGGCACCACAUGAUCAAUUAAAGUGUUCAGUAACCCUUACGGGAGACAGCAUAACCCAAGCGGACAUAAACUUUAAACUUCAAAAAGCACCUAAUCAGGUACAGAGAACUUCAAUAACACAAGACUCACCGUGGAAGUUGCAACAAGUUCAAGACGCUGCUAACCAUUUACAACAAGCAAUAAAUCAUAUUGACAAUGUUGACGAAAGUUAUCAUUUUAAAACAUCUGACGAAGUUCUCCAUGUAGUUGGUGAUAUUCUCGGUGCCUUGCAACGAGGUCGCACUAGUCUGGUUAUACCAAAGAAGAAACCAAUUGAUGAGCUGAUGAAGGGAAGGAACAUGAAAUCACUAGCACCAAAUCUGCCUGAGGAUCUAGCUAUAAGCUUUUAUCUGCAAAGUCACAAACUAAUUAUAGCAGUGUAUCAAUUAACAAAUAUUCAAGGAACUAUGAAAUUUGACUCUUGUCAAGCUGAAUUCUCAGUUCCAUGGCUAAAUGAAGUUCUGGUAUUAUUUACCGUUGGCUUGCAGCUUUGUCAGCAAUUAAAAGACAAGAUUUCCGUGUUUUCGCUGUAUAAAGACUUUACAGUUGGGUCCCGAUCACCGUCUGCUCUUUCAUAUUAAAAUAAAUUAUCAGUAAUGAUCUAAGCAAAUACCCAUUAACUACAGAAGACAAAACAAUGUGACUCUUUUUCAAGGGGAACCAUAACUCAAAAAAUAUACCCCAUGAGAAGAGAAUAAUUCCUUGCGAAAUUAUUACAGCUAACUCGAAUUCUUUUCAACAAGUCAAAUUGAUUUCGUUAGAAGAAGACGCCUUGUCUGUCAAAAUUUGUAUUAACAAAAUUCAAUUCAUGUAAACAGAUAUUAUAAGAUGUGGUAUGUACCUACUUACAGUUUGUUUUUUUAAAGAAAUUCUUGUUCAAUUAUUUUGUCUACAAAAUAAUACUAGUAGUUGUUAGUUAUUUGUGUCUGAAGCCAGCAAUUUAUUAUCUAGUUCAUCUAAGAUCUAAAACUUACUGCUAUGAUGUCAGCAGUAAAGUAAUGAACUAAUAUCAUUUUUAUUUGAGAACAAAAUUCUUAAAACUUCGCAAGGAAUUGACCUUUUUCAGUAAGGGUGAAAUUUAUAUAUUAAACCAACACCCUGUAUGAUUGAUUAAAUAAGCCUUAUUAUAUGUACAUCUAUUGGUAACUUUGUAAUUUUUAAUGACUUCAUACAGCCUUACAAAAAUUUUGUUUCAUUAACUUCAAACUUAUAGUGGGGCGGCUGAACAUUAAAAAAGAGGUCAAUUGUGCGCUUUGUUAUAAAACCAUGAAAUUAAUACAGUUGGUAGUACUAAAUGUAAGAGUUAUUUUGAGAUUUUGGGCCACCAUAUUAUAGUAUAGGUAAUGAAACAUUUUUACUAAUACGAUACAUGAUUUCGAGGUAUUUUUUUUAGCGAGAAAGAACACUUUUGAAAUGUUACCAUUGCACCACAUGGAAAAUGUAUGCAUUUUUUUGAACUGCAUAAUGAUGUCAUACAUAGUAUGAGAACCAAAAAUAAAAAGAGAUUUAAUCAUAUUUACCAUGGAAUAUUUAUUUUUCAUGACAAAUUUAAAGAGCUUGUAUUUAUUUUUCAUUGAGUUUUCAUACAAAUUAAAAUAUGGAACGAUAUAUUGGCACCCCUUUUUAACCAUAACCAUUACCUUUAAGCCAACCAAUGUACUUAUUUUGCUUUCCAAAAGGGCCCCAAAUUCUUGUGUGCCCAAGGGCCCCAGGAUAGUUAAAGACGGCCCUGCUUGUAUUUACUUUUCCGGAUGGAAUACAAGGUGGCCCAAAAUAACUCUUACAUUUAAUACUACCAACUGUAUUAAUUUCAUGCUGAUACCACAAAGUGCACGAAUUUGAUGCAAAGCCGCCCCACUAUUAUAUUUAAUGCUAUACUAUAAUGUUUGCGUAGAAAUUUGGUUAAAUAGCAACACUAUUUCAAUGACAAUAAAAUUAAGUGCUGGCUAGUGAAAAAAAACUAAAUAAAAUAACAUGCAAAAAAAAACUACCGAAAUAAUGUUCAUGUAAUAUUUUUUUAAUUGCAUUGCAAAUUAAUUGUAACAAAAUUAUAAGUUCCAUAAAUAGUAAUGAAAAAUUUCUGAUUUAUCGAUAGAAAAACAAUUUUAUAUAUUCUAUGGUCGUCCAUUUUUAUUUAAUAUUUAACCCAUUUUUACUCAUAAAUAUUUCUUUAACUAUUUUAAACCGUAGUAAUUCGUAUUCACUAAAAGACAUUCUUGGUAUUAUACUAAGGUAGAUGUUGCUUAGCUUGGCAUACAAAAUUGCUCUUUUAUUAUAAUUUCGAACACAAACUAUUCUUCAUGUAUGUUCGUGUUUAAUUUAAAUUUUUUAAGUCAUAACAUUACAAAAAAAUUGUUCGCUCACUGACAUAUGGUGUUUUUUUUUUUUGUUGGUAAUCAAAAUCUCUAUAAAAUAUUUGCAGAAGGUUCUGAAUUUUGUUCAAUUGGUUUUUCUCAAAAAUUAUUUUUCUCAAAAAACAAAGACUGCAGAUCAAUUUUAAUACCCCAAUUUCAUAUUAACACUUGUUUAAUUUUAUUAAAAAUUAUCGAAAAAUUCUAUUUAGCUUCAUAUUCAUGAUUCCGACACAGAUUUUAAUAAAAUAUUGCGGUAAUCAGUUAAAGUAAGACUCUUUUGAACUUGAACUAAAACAAGAUGAGUAAUGCAAUAAUACGAAUUCACUAGCCUAACAAUAAACGAAGGUUACAUAAGGUUUAAAUUUUUGGAGUUCUUAGGAUAUCAAAAAAAAAAAAAAAAAAACACCAUCAAUAAUAUUGUCGGCACAAAGCCAAAACCUCGAAUCUGCAUUUUUGAUAUGCGUCAUUGAACUAUCUAUGUCCAUUAUCUAUUUUUCGCUUUGAAUAAGUCGUUUUUCUAAAAACUACAAACUUUGCAGAUACGUGGUUUUGGCUUUGUGCCCACGAUAUGAGGGCCUUUUAUAAAAAGGGGUGCAGGUCCACAUUUUAAACUAAAAAAACAAACUCUGCAAAAUUAAUUAUUUCACAAAAUAAAAUGACAAGAUAAAUAAAAACAAUUGACUAUUUUCACAUCUUCAAUCUCGGUUUAAGGUGAAUAAAAAAUAUUAAUAUGACUGCGAUUUUUUUAAAGCUAAAAAUAUGGACCAGCUCCUUUUGACAUACAGGGUCCUUAAUAACUACCAAAUUAAAUAUUCUAUUAAAAUGAAGCAAAUUUCAUUUAAUUUUUUCAUUUCAUUUUUAUUAUUUAAAAAAGCCGUGAGAUGAAAUCUCAUUUAUAGCUUAAAAAUAAAUAUAUUACAAAAUCAGUUCUGAAGCUAAAGUACGUAUAUUGAACUGAUUACUGAUAUAAUAAAUAGAAAACAAAUAUUAAAUAUAAUAUAAAAAAAAUUAGGAUUGCGUUCAUAUAACUUUAGCUCAUAAGCGUUACAUAAGUUACAUUUUGAAAACAAAUACUUGCCUGGCCUUAUUGUUAAGAAUAAAAUUAACCUUAACGCAUAUACA